GUUCCCAUUUCAACCUGUCCUAUCUUCGCUGCCUGACCCGUGUUGUCCGCAAUAUCAUGGAUGAUGCAGGUUGUUUCUUUUUGGUGUUUUUUUUUCAAAACACCAUUCACGUUGAUGUUUGUUUGUUUUUUUUUUACUUCUGUUAAAUAAUGACCAUAUGAGAUACAUACUCAUUUUUUUUUAUUCAAACAAAUAUUAAAUUUAAAAAAUAUAAUUGAUCAAUGUCGGUCUUGAUUUCAAAAACCAAUGCCCAAAAACAUUUACUCUUCAUCAAAAUCCGCAGAUGACUUUGAGUUGAAAAAGGUCGAAACCAGUGACCUGCCCAUGUUACACAGAUGGCUGGCCAAUCACUUGCCGGACACCUGGAAGGUCAGGUGCAAAUGAUGACGGCAUAUUUUUUUUUUUUUUUUUUAAUUUUUUUAUUUUUUUUUUUCCCUUUUAAAAAAAAAUUUCGGACAACUAGAAGGUCAGGUGCAAAUGAUGACGGCUUAUUUUUUUUUUUUUUUUUUUAAAUUUUAUAAUAUUUUUAUUGCCUUUUAAAAAAAAAAAUUCAAAUAAUAUUCACAUAUACUUUCUAAAUGCGUUAUAUUUUGAGAGAUUUAAUUUAACUUAUUAUUUGUGUUCAUAAUUGUUGAUUACGUUAUUAGGACUGAACACAAGUUGUUUUUUUCUGAAGUUAUUAUGAAGAGAAAAUUUGAGUAGUUCAUUUUGUGAUUGACUACAGUGGAAAUGGUUUUGCACGUAUGUGUUAUUUUUCCAGACGAGAGUGGUGUGCAGCAAUUACUUUAGACUCUUAGAGCUUAGAUUUCAGUAUCUUUAUAAUAAUGCCUUAUUGUUCUAAUCAGCUGUGGUCAUCAGUAAGAGAAGCAAUGUCCGGCAGAUGGCCGUGGGGAUGUUUUUAUGUUCUUUGUGAUAGGUCGGACAACAUCGUCGCUGUGGGAGAAGGUCCACCAGACGAGACGUGUCCCGUGAGUAUCCAUGAGUUGGUAUCAGCCAUGUGUGUUUUAUGUAGUAUUGCUGUACGUAUAAGCAUUUUAUGAAUCUGCAGUUAUGCUGUUAGUGUAAGCAUCUUAAGAAUCUGUAGUAUUGCAGUUCAGUUGAAUUAUCUGUGUUAAUUAGGGCCUCUGCUUUCAUUUUCGCUUUGCCAAUCUCAGAAAGACGGGAAUAUACUUUUCCUCAUCCGGGAAAUCUCGGGAUAAAAUAAAAUUGAUUAAAAAUACUUUUUACCCUGAAUGAAAGUAUACAAAGAGUUACAUUUUUAUAUUUGUUUAAUCAUCAUUUUCUUUUAAUGAUUUUAAAAAAAACAACUAAGUUACGGUUAGUUGAGAGGUUCAUCAUCAUCAUCAUGUCCCUUAGUCUUUGGACCGUUGGGGCGCCACGGAUGACAUGUGAACUAUCCUCCUGCAUUCGUCUCUGUCUUCUGCACUUCGCACAGCAUCGCCUAGUUUCAGUCCCGUCCACUCUUUGAUGUUGUCUUCCCAUCUUUUUCUUUGUCUUCCUCUUCUUCUCCCUCGCUUGUUACUUGUUAUAUAUUAUCUGCAUAUAUAUAUAUGUAUGUAUGUAUUUGACGUUGCUGUAGGGUGCUUUGCAAAUUGCUGUGGAUUUCAAGUUCCCUCACCGUUGACAAACGGAAACUCUACGAACCUUUGUAGUAGAGUGUUAAAGCUGUUCAUGACAAGAUUUAUUUUUUUUUAAACUAUCCAAGAUAUUUAGUCCUCGUUAAUCCGCCCUCUGGCACAUUUUUUACCUUGAUGAAUUUGAGGGCUGACGCUUGAAGACCUGCAUACCUGUGUAACUUCUGUUUCUUUAAAACAACCCCAGGCCUAUCUUUACUACACCACACCUAGAAACGUCUGUGCAUUCGGUGUCAGUCCACGCCACGUCAAGAUUUUACUCAACUGGCCUGGCUUUACGGACUGGAAUAAAAGCGUACUUUUCUUUGGUAAGUUAUGACCCUGCUUGAUUCUUCGAAACAAACCUUUUGGAUUUUGGUGUAUAGUGGCCACAGUUGCGGCCUUUGUGUUGAGAAUCCGUGGAAGAGCUUUUAAAAUCAGAAAUAAUGAAAUAAAAUCGGAUAUUCUGGCAAGGUUGUUUAGAAAUAAAACAUAUAACUUUAUUUCUCAUUUCUACUUUUCCUCCAAAAACAACAAAAAAAACAAAAAAAAAGUUGUUCCAAAGACUGUAGGUGACAUUGUUGAAGAGCAUGUGAAACUGAAAGAAUGCAGCAAACUUCUCCUUUACAGACAUCAGAUUCUGCUGAUGGUCGCUGACCCUGGGGAUGUGGAACUUCUGUGAGUUUUAAGAGACACACAAUUAAGUAAUAAAGUUACAUUUUAAUUACUUUUUUUUUAAAGUGCCGUGUUAGUUUGUCAUCAAAACGGCAUUCUGAUGAGAAGACCCCAUCAAGCAAUACAUCAUCUGAUGAGAAGACCCCAUCAAGCAAUACAUCAUCUGAUGGGAAGACCCCAUCAAGCAAUACAUCAUCUGAUGGGACGACCCCAUCAAGCAAUACAUCAUCUGAUGGGAAGACCCCAUCAAGCAAUACAUCAUCUGAUGGGACGACCCCAUCAAGCAAUACAUCAUCUGAUGGGAAGACUCUAACAUGCAAGAUAUCUUUUAUAUAAAGAUACCGCUUUACUUUCUUUAGUAAAUAAACCAUUUUUCAGAAAGUGUUCUUGUGUCUUUGUGUCGUCAUUGUCUACAGCUUGUUACGUAUGAAAUUCUUACAUCAGCACACAGUGUAACAUAUGCAAAAAAUCAUUUUGUUAUUAGAAUUAAUAGUAAUGUCUAUUCAAGCACACUCUGAUCUUGUAUAGGUUCUCCAAUUAGAAAUAUAAGCUUCGCUUUAAAAAAAAACUUAGCAUUGGGCUACACUACUUUCUUUUCCACUCUCUGAAUUGUUCUGUCACACACUACCUUGAAAAAGAGUCUAUAAGUUCCAAAUGCAUUAUGAAAUAAUUUAUUUUUGAAACAUAAUCUUUAUAAUGUUUGAGCCUCAUAUUUUAAAGUCAACCUACACUGCUCCAGCAUGUUAUUAUGGCCUGAGCUCUCCACCACUACAGCAUGUUAUAUGGCCUAAAAUCUACACUAUUACAGCAUGUUGUAUGGCCUGAAACAUACACUACUACAACAUGUUACAUGGCAUUUUCAAAAUAAUUCUGGGAUGUGUGUUAAAAUUUGGUUGUUAUUUCUUCUGAAUGUACGUCACCCGACUGCUACGCCCUGAGCCGUGGCCAAGUUCGGCCCUAGGGUAAAUCCAACCCUAAACAGCACCAACCUCGCCCCCUUCGUUUACACAAGAUCCUACGCCUUCAGCUUAUCUCUCACACUCACGCUAUUCAUCAAAUAUGUCACUUAACUAUCAGGGAUUCUCCCAUCGUCCCACAAAGUAUGCUAAUUGAGACAUGGUUUAUAUAAUAUAUUAUAAAUUCAAUUAUUUAUUUUUGUGUUAAAACAGCCCGGUUCCAGAUGGUCUCACACUAAAACCGCUAGACCCCGACUUGCACAAAGAUUUGGUGGACACUUCCUGGAGGUUUCGAAGGAAUCACUCUGAUGAAUACAUUAGGGUUCUCAUACAGAGGUUUCCGAGUCUCGGUCUGUUUGAUAGGUGAGUGAACUUCUUCUUUUCUUUUCAUAUUUAAGAGCCCACGAUCAAUUUAUUGAUCAUUUUGGCUCCUGGUUUGAAUUCAGAGUUUGCCUUCUCUUAGAUGAGUUGUCGUCCAAGGCUAGCGAGUCCUAUCAACCUUGACCUGUUUCUAAAUUUCUUGGGCUUACUUUUAAAACGAAGUCGUUAAAAGGGCAUUGACAUUGCAUCGAUGCUGACGGUAAAUUCAGUUAAGUAUUUGCGUGUCUUUAAGCUUGAAAUUUUUAAAUUCUGUACAUUGACGUCGCUUUUGUGUGCUCACAACUGCACAACAAAGUUUUAUUCAAUUCAGCCGCUCUGCACAACAAAGCUUUAUUCACUUCAGUCGCACUGCACAACAAAGUUUUAUUCACUUCAGCUGCACUGCACAACAAAGUUUUAUUCACUUCAGCCGCACUGCACAACAAAGUUUUAUUCAAUUCAGCCGCUCUGCACAACAAAGUUUUAUUCACCUCAGCCGCACUUCACAACAAAGCUUUAUUCACUUCAGCCGCACUGCACAACAAAGUUUUAUUCACUUCAGCCGCAGUACACAACAAAGUUUUAUUCACUUCAGCCGCUCUGCACAACAAAGUUUUAUUCACCUCAGCCGCACUUCACAACAAAGUUUUAUUCACUUCAGCCGCUCUGCACAACAAAGUUUUAUUCACCUCAGCCGCACUUCACAACAAAGCUUUAUUCACUUCAGCCGCACUGCACAACAAAGUUUUAUUCACUUCAGCCGCAGUACACAACAAAGAUUUAUUCACUUCAGCCGCACUGCACAACAAAGUUUUAUGUAUUAUAGGGAACAUUACCCAACACGUUGUCCGGAAAUUUCAAAGACGCGAUGCUACACUAUUGGGUCAAGUUUCGCAUGAUUUAAGUACGUUCGGAUUCCUAAAAACAAUCAUAGUUAUUUCUAUUAUUUUAAGGAAAUCGAAUAAAUUUAAAUGCGCAAAAAAUAUUUUAAAACCGCUUUUAUUUUUGUAAACGUUUAAGUAUUAUUAUUAUAAAUUAAAAUACAUUUAAAAUAACAAAUAAGGAACUAUUUUAAGCAUUUUAUAUGUGUUUAAAAGCUGUGCAAACAAACAAAAAAUCAAAAAUCAUGAUUAAAGAAUUACACCGUAAUCACAUUUAUUGGGAAAACCCAAACAGCAGUCGUUUUUAGUGCGUCUUUUUAUAAUAAGAAAAUGCGGUUUAAGUCAAAAAGUGCAGCGCAACUCUAUAGCCGAAUAGCAUUGACAAAUCAGGCUAUAACUAAAACAAAAAAGAACGAAUCAUCUGAAGUGCAAAUUAUUUUAGUUUGCGUAUGGAAGGGACUACAUUAGCUACAAAAUUUUGUCCCUGGCGUACAGCUGCAUAGAUGGCUCAGCACCGGAAUAUCUCAAGGAACUUAUUUAUAAACAUGUACUUCUGAAGAGACUGCGGUCUUCAACACAGUACUUACUGAGUGUUCCUAGAGUGGAUGAACACAGAAAAAAGUCUUACGGAGUGCGCUCUUUUGAAGCGAUGGCGCCAAAAUUAUGGAACAGUUUGCCUCAAACUUUGAGGGGAAUUGUAAAUGAUUAAAAAAAUCAUUUAAGAAACAAUUUAAAACAUUUUUGUUUCAAUAGAUUUCGGAGGACCAGAGCACAGUGAGCGUGCUAAAGUGGCAAGGAUACCAGUGCGAUAUAAAUAUCACAUCAAAUCAAACAAUCCGGUUGAAGAUUUUUCUAAAUUUAUUUAAAACUGGGUGGGGGAGGGGUUAGUUACUUUGCCCCAGGCAGCCCAAGAUACGUCUCAAAAUAAAGGAAUGACUUUGAUAAAUAAUUAACCUUCUUGGGAACAUACAUUUCGGAGGUAGGAAAUAGGAUGUGUACAUUUUCACGUGUAUGUCAAUAUCUUUAAAUCCUAUGAGAUUACAUUUGGGAAAAAGGAGAUGUUACAUUCUCUUUUUAAAAAUAAGUGUAUGUUCAUUUUGCUCAAGGCAGAACAAGAUACGUCUCAAAAUAAAGGAAUGGUUUGAUAAAUAAUCAAUUUUCUUGGGUAAAUACAAGUCGUAGGUAGGAAAUAAGAUAUGUACAUUUUUACGUUGAUGACAAUAUAGUUAACUCCUAUGGUAUUACAUAUGUGAAAAAAGAGAUUUACAUUCUCUUUUAACAAAUAUACUUAUGUUUCCCAAUUAAGAAGAUGAAUGGCGUUAACAAAUCGUGGGUACAUUUAUAUAAGUAUAACCAUGAACAAAACCCAAUCAUUUUACACAUUUGAAAAAUUAAUUUUAAAAAAUGGAGAUGGGUUAAUAUUUACUUUCAAAAAAUUAAAAUACAUUUUUGUUUUUAAUUUUAAAAAGUAAAGAGAUUUGUAUUUUAUGAGAUUAAAAAUUUAAAUUAAAAAAAAACAACAAGACUCAAAUCUUUAAUAGACGUGAAAAAGGGUUGCGCGAUUUUUCUUUAGAUAAAAGAAUUCUUUGUUUUACGAUUUUCUGAUAAUAUAUAUUUUAUUUAAAAAAGGCAAAAAAUGUGUUAAAAUUUUUGCUGAAGAUAUCAAUGUAUAUCGAAUUCCUAUGAUAUAAAAUAUUUUUAUAUCAUAUAUAGAGUUUUUGUGUAAAUUUAAGGCAAUUUUUUAAAACAAUUUUUAGAGAAAAGAAGUUGUAAUUCAAGGGCACGAAAAGGGGUAGAACUAAAGUAUUUCACUAACGUAGUAAUUGUCCCUCAAUUAACUUCUUUAGUGAUAAAAAUGCUAUAAUAAGUAAUAAUUUAGACUGUGUAAUUUAAGGUCAUGUUUAGAGGGGGGGGGGGGAAGUAGUUUAGGAGCGUGAAAAGGAGUUGGGUAGGCCUAUAAUAUAUAGCAGAUAAAUUCUGCCCAAAGCGUAAUGAUGUUAGAAACAUAAAUAUUAUUACAUUUUUAAAGUUAUGAAUUGUGAUGAGUUUUUGCAAUAGCAGUUAGAAAUUAUCGCAUAGGAUCUACCCUUAUUAACCCGAUAACAUCGGGUCUUUCAUUCUAGUAUAUAUAUAUAUAUAUAUAUAUAUAUAUAUAUAUAUAUAUAUAUAUAUCAGUAACGCUGUGUUCAAUAGGCACGCAAAAAUAUUGUCAAGUACCUAUAUAGAUGAGAAGUUCAACAUUGCUGUUGUGUGUUUGUGUGUUGUUUUUUGUUUUUUUUUUGUUUUUUUUUUGGGGGGGGGGGUAAUUUUGAGUAUAUUAUAAUCAUCUGUUUUUCAUUGUCCCAAACACAUGCUAAAGUGCAACGCGUGAGAAAUGCUUUUGUCUUAUCAUGAUGUUUCAGGGAUGGUAAAUGUCUGGCUUUUGAACUCAGCACCGAGAUAGGAACUCUGGGACAUCUUUACGUGAUACCGGAAGCGAGAGGUCAGGGUUUAUCGAAGGUCAUCUCCAGCCACCUGGCGCACAUACUGUUCUCCGAGAAUCGACCGGCGGCCGUGACAGUGAUGAGCACAAAUGAAGUCUCAGUGAAACUGCACGAGAGCCUAGGGUUCAAGGUCAGGUGUAGGCUCAGCACGCUGAUCAACAUGUUGCCUCAUGAAUUUAACUAUGACUGAAAUAAAAAAAAAAUAAAUAAAUACAAGUGUGAAAUAGUUCUAUAACAAUUAUGUCAAACUUGAUAACACAGACUUCACGUAAUAUGAAGCACUCAUUAAAUGCUCGCUAACUGAUAAAAUCUAUCUAGCACAGAGAUAUUCUCUGGUUAUCAUGGGUGCUGUCCAUGGCUACACACAUGGGUAGAUAGUAUUUGGAUGGGUGAGGUCAAGCUUUUUCAGCAAUUGUUGUUAUUUUUUAAAUGUAUAUUUUUCUCUAAUUGCUAAUUUUUAUAUCAAGCGCAGUGAGCCUAGCCCUACGCUGUGGUACUGCGAUAUAUAAAACCAUCUUUAUAAUAACAAUAAUAAAAAUAACGUU